CGCAAAUCGUGGACAAGGUGAAUUUUAUCUCCACUGCUCGGAGCCUGCAGAGAAGUGGAUCGGACCUCCAUUGGUUCUCGUCUGUGCCGCCAUGGGCAAGAAGACGAUCGUGUUAAAGGUCACCAUGACGUGCAAGACAAGCUUCAUGCUGAGGGCUGUCGGCAAGCUUGAAGGCAUCGACGAGAUGACGGUGGAUAUGGAGAAAGGCACGCUGACGGUGAUCGGAAUUGUCGACCCGGUGUGCAUAGUGAGGGUGUUGAAGAAGAUCAAGGUGGCCGUCAGCAUCGAAUCCGUUAACCCUUACAAGCCCCCGGCUCCCCCAAAACCCCCGGAGAAACCCAAAGAGAAACCUAAGCCGUGCCCGCCGCCGUGCCCACCGCCAUGUCCGCCGCCCUGCCCGCCGCCGUGCCGGUCGGUGCCAUGCUGCUGUGGCACGUGCCCACCACCAUGCGCACCGCCAUGUCCGCCGCCCUGGUGCCGGUCGGUGCCAUGCCGCUGUGGCACGUGCCCACCACCAUUCCCGCUGCCGUGCGGGUUGGUGCCAUGCCGCUGUGGCACGUGCCUUUCCGGCUACCAUUCCAUGGGCUACGAAGACCCCAGUUGGUGCACCAUCGUCUAAAACAGCAGUUCCCGAUUGCUGUUUUGCUUUCUUUAAUUUGCUCCUACACGAAAAGGAGAAGAAACCAGCUAGCUGUAUCACUUCCUUUUGAUUAUUGGUUUGUUUAAUAUGUUUUUUGUUUCGGUACAUGUGUGUUAUUAUAUGUCUUCAAGAAUCGCAGAAUAGUUUCUUUC